UACUGAAACUGUCAUCCUGUCAGUUUGUGAAAGAAAAGAAGUUAAGAACCUGAUGUCACUCGUUAUUUUACCGUAAUUUUUAAAGGCGUAAUUUUUAUUUGUAUUAUAGGAAUAAAAAGUACCAUGGAAUCAUAUGACGUUAUCAUUAAUCAACCGGUUGUCAUUGAUAAUGGAUCGGGUGUAAUUAAGGCUGGUUUUGCAGGGGAUCAAAUACCAAAAUGUAGAUUUCCUAAUUACAUAGGAAGACCUAAACAUGUGCGUGUUAUGGCUGGGGCGUUAGAAGGUGAUUUAUUCGUUGGCCCUAAAGCUGAAGAACACCGUGGUUUACUUUCGUUACGAUAUCCAAUGGAACAUGGAAUAGUUACCGAUUGGAAUGAUAUGGAACGAAUAUGGAAUUACAUUUAUAGUAAAGAUCAAUUAUCAACAUUUGCAGAAGAGCAUCCUGUACUUUUAACAGAGGCACCGUUAAAUCCACGAAGAAAUCGUGAGAAAGCUGCUGAGAUAUUUUUUGAAACAUUUAAUGUACCUGCAUUGUUUGUGUCGAUGCAAGCGGUAUUAAGUUUAUAUGCGACUGGUCGAACGACGGGGGUUGUGUUAGAUUCAGGGGAUGGUGUCACACAUGCUGUUCCGAUAUUCGAAGGCUUUGCAAUGCCACAUAGUAUCAUGCGAGUAGACAUUGCCGGUAGAGAUGUUACACGCCAUCUUAAAUUAUUACUUCGUAAAGAAGGAAUCAAUUUUAAGACAACAGCUGAAUUUGAAAUAGUUCGCACAAUUAAAGAGAAGGCAUGUUACUUAGCAGCAAAUCCACAAAAAGAAGAAACUGUCGAUACGGAACAAGUUGUAUAUACGUUACCAGAUGGAAAUACAUUAUCAAUUGGUCCAGCAAAAUUCCGUGCAGCUGAGGUACUAUUCCGACCGGAUUUAAUUGGUGAAGAAUGUGAAGGCUUGCAUGAAGUACUUUUAUAUUCAAUACAAAAGUCUGAUUUAGAUUUACGGAAAGAUCUAUUUCAAAAUAUUGUAUUAUCGGGUGGUUCUACACUUUUUAAGGGAUUCGGAGAUCGACUUUUAGCGGAAAUUAGAAAAUUGGCACCAAAAGACAUUAAAAUUAAGAUAUCUGCACCGCAAGAACGAUUAUAUUCCACAUGGAUUGGGGGUUCAAUUUUAGCUUCAUUGGAUACAUUUAAAAAGAUGUGGGUUAGUAAAAAAGAAUACGAAGAUGAGGGUCAUCGAGCAAUACAUCGAAAAACAUUUUAAUACGUAUUUAAUAAUAAUA